CCCACACUUAAUUUACAAAUAGGUUGUAGAUAUAUUACUCAACUUGUUAAUGGAGUUGAAGGUCAUUUGUAUGGGAAUUCUACCGUGAAAGCUGAUCUAAAAAAUGCUCAUGCUUUUUCUAUGAUGAUGAUACUUACAACUUUCGGGUUAUUUAAAAAUGAAUAUCCACUCACGGGAAAUUUUACCUUUGAACAUAUUCAAAACGUCGAAUAUUCAGAAUAUAGGACCAUACACUGGUCUUCUAAUCUUUAUUUCGAAAUUCCGUGGAACAAAUUUAAAAAGAUUCUUGGUGAUAAGAUUUGGUGCGACUACGAAAAGUUAUGCGCUUAUCCUUGA